AUGGGGGUACCUCAUGGAGAGGCUGAGCGGCUGCCGCAUUUGCCGACAUGCGGCAAAGAAAUGCCCAUAUUCGACUUCGAGGAUAUCAUCGAAAAGGUUUGCACGCUGAGGGGGGGACACCGAUGUGGGCCGUCGUCGCCGCACGUCUUGUAUUCCUGCUCGUCUGAUUCCACGAUCAGAGCUUGGGAUUCCAGGUCGUUUCAGCAGGUGGCCUGCAUAAGCUCUGGCCCGUCAGAGGAGGUAUUCAGCUUCUCAUUUGGCGGGGCUGAUGCUAAUCUCAUUGCAGCCGGAUGCAACUCUCAGAUUCGUUUGUGGGAUUGGAGGACAAUGAAACAGACUGCAUGCUUGGAGGAAUCUCACAUGGACGACGUUACUCAGGUCCACUUUGUCCCCAGCCAUCAAAACAUGCUUCUCUCUGCUUCUGUUGAUGGAUUAAUGUGCCUGUUUGAUACCAGUGGAGAAAUAAAUGAUGAUGAUCACUUGCUAUCAGUGUUCAAUGUGGGAACUUCAAUUGGAAAAGUGGGAUUUUGCGGCCAGGCAAAUGAUAAAUUGUGGUGCUUAACGCAUAUUGAAACUUUGAGUGUUUGGGAUUGGAAUGAAUCGAGAACUGAGGCAAACUUCGAUAAUGCUCGUGCAUUAGCAUCCGAGAGCUGGACACUAGAUCAAGUAGACUACUUUGUGGAUUGUCACUACUCACCUGAGGAGGAUCAACUAUGGGUGAUCGGGGGUACAAAUGCCGGCACCUUUGGGUACUUCCCUGUAAAUUUUGGAAGCACGAAGACAAUUGGAUCAGCAGAAGCUGUGUUCCAAGGCGGCCAUACAGGCGUUGUGAGGAGUGUGUUGCCUGUUUCUAGCGUGCCUGGCAGAACAAAUAGCCAAGGCAUUUUUGGAUGGACAGGAGGCGAAGAUGGCCGCAUGUGUUGCUGGUUAUCUGAUGAAUCUCCUGAGACAAACCGCUCCUGGGUGUCUAGUACAUUGGUCGAGAAGUCGCAUAAAAUCCACAGGAAAAGACAUAGUCCUUACUAGAACUUCCACCUUUUUUCCCCCCAAAGUCAAAUGUAUGUGUUGUAAUAUUUUAUUCAUCUGUUUCAUAGUACUACUUGUUUAAGGGGCAAUGAAAUGAAUUUGUUUAUUUUCUUA